UAAUAUCCAACAGAGAUGGCUUCAUCGACAACAUCAUUGUACUUGGUACUAGGGAUCCCGACGACCGCCGACGAGAACGAAAUCAGAGCGGCCUAUAGGAGACUCGCAAGAACGUGUCACCCUGAUGUUGUAUCCAUCAAGAAGAAAGAGAUGUCAGCAAAUCUAUUCAUGAAAAUCCAUGCAGCAUAUUCCACGUUAUCCGAUCCCGAUAAACGAGCAGAUUAUGACAAGGGUCUUUACGGUCGGAACAACAACCCCUUCGGUUCAUCUGCAACAAUGGCUGCCCCAGCGUCAUCAGGGUUUUAUAGCUAUAGGAGGCGUGGGAAUUGGGAGACUGAUCAGUGUUGGUAGGCUAAUUAACUAAUG